UCGAAACCAAAAACCAAAGCUCUCUAGCUUCCUUGAUCCUCUCGCCGACUUCGUCGAUCUCACUCACUCGGAACAGAGGACAUUUUGAGCUAAUCCUUGUGAGCGAGCGACAAUGGUGAAGGCAACUAAGGCGGAGAAGAAGACCGCGUAUGACGCGAAGCUAUGCCAGCUUGUCGACGAAUACACACAGAUCCUGGUCGUUGCGGCGGACAACGUCGGAUCGACUCAGCUCCAGAACAUCAGGAAGGGUCUUCGCGGAGACUCGGUGGUGCUCAUGGGAAAGAACACUAUGAUGAAACGUUCCGUUAGGAUCCACUCAGACAACACCGGAAACACUGGAAUCCUCAAUCUCCUUCCCCUCCUUCAGGGAAACGUUGGCUUGAUCUUCACUAAGGGUGACCUCAAGGAAGUGAGCGAGGAAGUUGCCAAGUACAAGGUUGGUGCUCCUGCUCGUGUGGGUUUAGUUGCCCCGAUCGAUGUGGUUGUACAACCUGGCAACACCGGUCUCGACCCGUCCCAGACAUCUUUCUUCCAGGUGCUUAACAUCCCAACUAAGAUUAACAAGGGUACUGUUGAGAUCAUCACACCUGUGGAGCUCAUCAAGAAAGGUGACAAGGUCGGGUCCUCUGAGGCUGCGCUUCUAGCGAAGCUCGGAAUCAGGCCAUUCUCAUACGGUCUAGUUGUUCAGUCGGUUUACGACAAUGGGUCAGUCUUCAGCCCAGAGGUUCUUGAUAUGACGGAAGAUGACCUUGUUGAGAAGUUUGCUGCUGGUAUCUCCAUGGUCACUUCCUUGGCUCUAGCUAUAUCUUACCCGACCCUUGCUGCUGCUCCACAUAUGUUCAUCAAUGCUUACAAGAAUGCCUUGGCUAUUUCUGUUGCUACCGAGUAUACUUUCCCUCAAGCAGAGAAGGUCAAGGAGUUCUUGAAGGAUCCUAGCAAGUUUGCGGUUGCUGUAGCAGCGGUGUCUGCGGAUGCCGGUGGUGGUGCUUCAGCUGGUGGAGCUGCAAAGGCAGAGGAGAAGAAGCAAGAGGUUGAAGAAUCAGAGGAAGAAGACUAUGGUGGUUUCGGUUUGUUCGACGAUGAGUAGAUUUUGUUCAUUAAGGUUAUUUCGCACGAGUCAGAUUCAUUUCUGCUAAUGGCUAUAUAAGUGUUGCAUCGUUUUUUUUUAGUUCUGUUGACAUGAUUUUAUGAAACCUAUAAUUACCAAUUUUCCAUUGAAGUUUGCGUUUUAGUUCUUAGGCUCUUUGCCGUAAUAUCUCACGCGUGCCUUAGUUUUAUGCCUCGAAUCCAUCCUGAGUUUCUAGUAUUCUGUUUGGUUCCUUUCCUGAUUUAUGUUGGAUAAAAUCAUUUAUACAAAAUGUUACUUCCUCCGUUUCUUA